AUGUUCAGAGCAGCCAGUCGUACGUCGAAAGCGACGCUUAGAAGAUUCUACUCGGCCGACCACCACCACGCACCUGCCCCAACCCAAAAUGAAAUCGAUGUCACCAAAGUUUUUGGUGUUGCCUUGUUGGCUGGCGUUUCCUUAUACUUUUACAGAAGCUCCAAGGAGCCCGUGGUUAAGACUCCAUUAUACAACCAACAGGACGACCGUGUCCAGUUGAGAAAUGAGGCGUACUUGAAGAGAUACAAGACGUCGUUCAUCAAGACUUUCAUCAGAGAUAAAGGAGGAGUUGGCCAGAGACAGUACAGAAGAGAGAUCCAGGGUGCUGUGCCUACUACUUUGAUUCACGCUGCCUCUCCAUAUGGCGAUCAGUUUGGUGCCAGCAUCAAGACCGAUGCUUUGGGACCAAGAAAGGAGAGAGUUAAGUACUUUGCUCCAUUGAACUAA